UUUAGAUUAAACAGGAGAGGGAGGUGUGGAGGGGAGCUCUUCUUACCACAUUGAACACAUCAAUGUGUUUGGUAAGUUAUGAAAUGCUUUGAAAGUAGUGUGGGGUAUUGCUCAUGUACUGUUUUGCUUUCAAGAAUGGCGCAAAAGAAAUAUCUUCAAGCAAAAUUGACCCAGUUCUUAAGAGAAGACAGAAUUCAACUUUGGAAACCUCCAUAUACAGAUGAAAAUAAAGAAGGUGGUUUGGCAUUGAAGGACCUUGCUAAGAAGUACUCUGACAGGCUAGAAUGUUGUGAAAAUGAAGUAGAAAAGAUAAUAGAAGAAAUACGUUGCAAAGCAAUCGAGCGUGGCACAGGAAAUGAAAACUAUAGAACAACAGGAAUUGCUACGAUUGAGGUCUUUUUACCUCCACGGCUAAGAAAAGAUAGGAAAAACCUGUUGGAGACCCGACUGCACAUCACUGGCAGAGAACUGAGGUCGAAAAUUGCUGAAACCUUUGGAUUUCAAGAAAAUUAUAUCAAAAUUGUCAUAAACAAGAAACAGCUUCAACUAGGGAAAACCCUUGAAGAACAAGGAGUGACGCACAAUGUGAAAGCUAUGGUGCUUGAACUAAAACAGUCUGAAGAGGAUGUGAGGAAACACUUCCAGGUUGAAGAAGAAGAGCAAAAUGAGGCCGAACUAAAAGAAAAAAGAAUUCAGAGGACCAAGAGAGGCCUGGAGAUACUGGCGGAGAGAGCUGAGAUGGUGGUGGAUCCAGAAACCACACCGUAUUUAGACAUAGCUAACCAGACAGGCAGAUCGAUCAGAAUUCCUCCUUCAGAAAGAAAGGCCCUUAUGUUAGCUAUGGGAUAUCAUGAGAAGGGCAGAGCUUUCCUGAAAAGAAAAGAAUAUGGAAUAGCCUUGCCAUGUCUGUUGGAUGCUGACAAAUAUUUCUGUGCGUGCUGCAGGGAGCUGCUGGACACGGUAGAUAACUACGCGGUGCUCCAGCUGGAUAUUGUGUGGUGCUACUUCCGCUUGGAACAGCUGGACUGCCUCGACGAUGCAGAAAAAAAAUUAAACUUGGCUCAGAAAUGCUUUAACAAUUGUUACGGAGAAAACCAUCAGAGACUGGUCCACAUAAAAGGGAACUGUGGGAAAGAGAAGGUAUUGUUUUUAAGACUUUACUUGCUUCAAGGUAUCCGAAAUUAUCACAGUGGAAAUGGCGAAGAGGCUCGUGACUAUCUCAACAAGGCACUUCAACUCUUUAAAGAGCUAUAUAUUGAUCCAUCCAAAGUUCACAAUCUGUUGCAGUUGGGGUUUACUGCCCAGGAGGCCCGGCUUGGCCUGAGGGCAUGUGACGGGAACGUGGACCACGCGGCGGCCCACAUUACCAACCGCAGAGAGGAAUUGGCCCAAAUAAGGAAAGAGGAAAAAGAGAAGAAAAGACGCCGGCUGGAGAACAUCAACUCUUUGAAAGGAAUGGGCUACUCUGCUCACGCGGCCAAGCAGGCCCUGCAUCAGGCCAGUGGGAACCUGGAUGAAGCCCUGAAGAUUCUUCUUAGUAAUCCUCAGAUGUGGUGGUUAAAUGAUUCGGAUCCUGAAACCAACAACCAUCAAGAAGGUCCUUCCCAGGAAAACAUUGACCAGCUGGUGUACAUGGGCUUCGAUGCGGUGGCAGCCAGCGCUGCCCUGAGAGUGUUCAGGGGAAAUGUGCAGCUGGCCGCUCAGACCCUGGCCCACAACGGGGGGAGUCUUCCUCCUGACCUGCAGCUCGCGGCGGAAGACGCUUCCUCAACACCAUCCACAUCCCCUUCCGAUUCCGCAGGUACCUCUAGUGCCUCAACAGAUGAAGAUACGGAGACAGAAGCUGUCAAUGAAAUAUUGGAAGAUAUUCCAGAACACGAAGAAGAUUAUCUUGACUCCACUCUGGAAGAUGAAGAAAUUAUUAUUGCAGAGUACUUAUCCUAUGUAGAAAACAUAAAGUCAGCAACAAAGAAAAACUGAGUAAUGAGCAGAAAUAAGUACUGAGUUUCUGCUUAUAAAUUCUAUCAUUAUGAAAAGUCGAAUGCAGGUCUUUUUUUCCUUCUUUUUAUCUGAUUUUGCUGCAAGAGUGCUUCCU